GCGGCAAUGCAGGGGGCAUGGUGCAGGAGGGAGGGAGGGAGUAUGGAGAGCAUGCGAUGAAACGGGGAAGAAAAGCAGGUGAAGCUGCCGUCUGAAUGCUUGUCCAACGGUUUGCUCGUUGUUUAUGAAACGACCUCUUUCCGUCCAAUUGCGCACGAAUCGCUCUUUUCACUCAUUUGGAGAUGGCAACAUACCACACAAUCGAUGGUUUAAUUCGAAGACUGGAAGAUAUUCAUGUAGAAAUCUCGGAUGGAGUGAGCGAACUUACAGGCAGCAAACGUGACGAAAGAAGCCCUCUCCAAAUCGCUCAGUCCGACUGCAUCGAUCAGAUCGAGUUGCUAAGAAGGAGUGUUCACAGAAGAGACGAGCUCUUCGCUCAGGGAAAGAAUAGAUCGGUCGAUGGCAUUGCGGCGGCAGCAGCAGUACGACGCGAUCUCAACGAGCUGGCCAUGAAAGCGGAGAAGCUGGAAAAGAUUCAUGCCAACUCAUACAAGGGAAGCGACAGUGAAAUGAGCCACGAGGUUCACGCCAUACUCAAGAACAUCGACAUCUGCAUCAAGCGCGAGAAGGAAGCUGGCUCUACGAGUGUGAAGAAAAGCACGAAAGACGAGAAGCUGUUUCACUCACUCCAUCACGGUCCCAACAGCCGGGUCGACAGCAACACCCGCAUCGAGAUCGACGACUCCUUGCGCGAGCGUCUCAUCCAUGUCAACCAACGAGACGAGGAGCUGGAUGGCAGCCUGGACUCCAUCGCUGCCGGCCUUCAGAGACUUCGUGCCAUCGCCACCGACAUCCACAACGAAGUUCGCGUGCAGGCGGUCAUGAUCGACGAGAUAGCUAUCAAGGCGGACAACGCUGAGAACCAGUUGACGAACAUGAACAGGAAGAUGCACAAUGUUCUCAAACAAGCUGGCGGUGCAUCGCGGUUUUUCAUCAACAUAAUCCUCUCCUUCAUCCUUCUAUCCCUGGCUCUUUUCAUCUUCCAGGCACUUAGGAAUGCAUCUGGAACCUAGUACAUGAAGGCAGAAGCUCUUGGUUGUCUUCUGGAACCUAGUACAUGAAGGCAGAAGCUCUUGGUCGUCUCCUAGAAUCUAAUACAUGAAGGCAGAAGCUCUUGGUCGUCUCGUAGAAUCUAAUACAUGAAGGCAGAAGCUCUUGGUUGUCUUCUCCUUCAUUUAUCUCUC